AUGCCUGAUGAUCCAGAAAUAAUAGAUAUAGACGACGAGGAUGGGGAUGAAGAAAUUGCUGGUAAUAAUGCUGAAACCCUUUGGGGAAAGGAGGAUUUAGUAAAUAUGAAACUUGGAAGAAAACACGACGAUAAUUUCGCUCCUGUGCAAUGCUUAAAGUGUGGGGAGUGGGUGAAAGGAAGAGCUAUUUGUCUUCUCUAUCAUAUAAACACUCGCCAUUUAAUGCUGCCUAUAUUCAAGUGCUUAGCUUGCCCAAAGGACUUUUAUUAUGUAAACGAGACAGCUCCAAAGAAGCACAUGAUCAGUUUCCACCAAAGCGACUUCUCCCAGUUUGAGAAUAAUUAUAUGAAAUAUUCACAAGUUUUGCGUGAUAGUCGAGCUGAAUUUUAUGGGGAGGCUUUAAUGAAUCAAAUGGGAGUUAUUGCAGCUCAAAAGACAUUUGCUGGUGACAAAAGAAAAAAGGCUAAUAACUCAAAAAAGGACGGAAUUAAUAAGAAACCGAAUAACGUGUCAAAAUCUCAGGCUAAUAUGCCAACAACUAGCAGCAGUAAUAGUUCAACUACAACUGUUGAAAAAAUUUUGGAGCAAAUUCAGUCGUCUUGUGUUCCAAAAAUUGAGAAUAUUAAUAAUCGGAAGAAAAUUAUUACAAAGAGGACUUAA